AUGUUGAGAAACACUGCUCUCUUGGCCCUGGCGGCGAUGGCCGAGGCCGCGCCCCAGUUCGGCGGUGGAUUUGGUGGCUUCGGCGGCGGCGGCGGCGGCGGCGGUGGUGGCGGCACCACGAUGCUGCGCUUCGGCUGCACGCAGACCGUCAUCGACCGCCUCGACCCUCUCGUCAACCCCGGCCAGCUGCCCUCGCCCCAUGUGCACCAGGUUGUCGGUGGCAACGCCUUCAACGCCACGAUGCCCUCGACGGACAUUUCCAAGCUGGCCACGUGCACGUCGUGCCAGUUCUCGGAAGACUUUAGCAACUACUGGACGGCCAACCUGUACUUCAAGGCGCGCAACGGCUCGCUGAUCCGCGUCAAGCAGGGCGACGCCGCGCUGCAGUUCAACGACAAGUUCAGCAACCAGAUCAACGGCGGCGUGCUGGUGUACUACGUCUCGGCGGCGCCCGGCAAGAUCACGGCCUUCAAGCCCGGCUUCCGCAUGCUCGUCGGUGACGCCGGCCGCAAGACGCCACUGCCCGCCAGCAUGAAGAUGCAAAACUGCUUCCGCUGCUACACGGGGCCCAACUUUGGCGGCGACACCGCGGCGCCCUGCGCCGGCGGCGCCAUCGACUCGACCGAGUUCCCGCAGAAGAAGUGCUACGGCGUGCGCUCCAACAUCCUCUUCCCCACCUGCUGGGACGGCAAGAACCUGGACACGCCCAACCACCAGGACCACGUGGCGUACCCGACGUCCGGCCCCGCGUCGUUCCUCAGCCUCGGCGGCAGCUGCCCGUCCACGCACCCCGUGCGCAUCCCCCAGAUCAUGCUCGAGGUCGUCUGGAAGACGGACGAGUUCAACGACCAGAGCAUCUGGCCCGCCGACGGCAAGCCGUUUGUCUUCUCCGACGGCGACAAGAUGGGCUACGCGCAGCACGCCGACUACGUCUUUGGCUGGAAGGACGACUCGCUGCAAAAGGCCAUGGACACGGGCGGCUGCAUGGGCGCGCGCUGCGGCUCGCUCAAGUACCAGACGAUUGACCAGGCGAAGGCGUGCACGGUGAAGAACAUGGUCAAGGAGAACGUCGACGGCUGGAUCUCGGGGCUGCCGGGCGACGACAGCAUGAGCAUGAAGAACUAA